AUGCCAUUCAGAUUCCCAGUGAAGUUCGAGCUUCCCAAGCACUCUUAUGUUAAUGCUAGGGUGAUCAGAGAUCAGUUUAAAAGAACCCAGGUGGCGGAACAUGAAGUUACUAGAACUGCAUUAAGAUAUAUUGCUAGAAAUACUGAAUUACCAGCCAGAGCUAGAUUAGAAGCCCAAUUACAAUUAACUGCCAUGCCCAAAUACACUUCUCCUACUCAAAUCAAGGACAGAUGUGUUGCCAGUGGACAUUCAAGAUCAGUCAUUCACGAUUUCAAACUCAACAGAACUGCGUUCAGGGAAAGAGCCAGAGCAGGGCAAAUUCCUGGGGUUAAAAAGGCUUCUUGGUAA